AUGUCUGAAGAUAUGCCUCCAUCCUCCUGGCGCUCUCUGGCCUCCGCCGCCGGCCGCUCCCUCAAGGGCUACGUCGCGCAGCAGCGCGAGCUCAAACAAUCCUACCCCUCGUGGCGCGGCACUCCUCCGCAAGACUCUGAUGCAACACCGAAGAAGCAGUCGUGGGGCCAGUGGGCUGGGCAGAAACUGCGUCGCGGGAGCCAGAGCGAGUACGACGUCAGUGGCGACAGGAUAACUAUCUUCCCGGGUUGGGCUACGCGCCGGUAUCGCGAGCCGCAAAGGGAUGGGCAGGAAGACGCACAGUUCGACAUCGACGUCUUCGUAUCUGGGUACACCUGCAAACUCACUGGCGUCGGGUUCAACACUAAGGCGGGUCGCGCAUUUCUACGACUAGCGAAAAGUUACGCCGCACUACCCAAGCUGUCCGUCGGGUCUGGAAUGUCGACAGCUAUUACCCCCAUGAGUAGAUCCACCGAAGAGCUCCUCGCUCAUGCACACCUACCUCCACCUCCAGAUCAAAUCACAGACGAGUCCGAAAUGCAGGCACUCGACGAGAGGCUACGCCGGAUAGAGUUCGACACACGGAGCGUCGAUAGCGGACGCAGCGGACAUGAUGCGCCCUCGCUAGACUACUCCGACUCACACAGUUCCCGCCCUCCCUCUGCCUCUUCUGCCUCGUCGACGUACUCGAGCUCGGGACCUGGAUAUUCUCGAAGUUCGAGAUCGUCGCCCCCUUCUUCGGCUACGCCCCUGGGCUUGGGUGCAGGCUCAUCUGACCUCCAACGGUGGCACGCGAACCUCGAAGCACGCUUGCAUCCCUUCUGGUCUUCUGCCCUCGUGAAUCGAACCGUGCGCCUCUCUCUGUAUGCGGCAGACCCCACGCUAUACGAGGACGGGGCCACGGACGAGUCUGGUUCCUCGGGAAGCUCAGCCUCGCCGGAGAAAUCGCCAAUCCUCACGCGCGAAGUGAUUACCGCUGCAGAUGGCUCGUUCCAGGUCAAAUUCUCUGUACCGUGGGAGCAGAUGUGCGUCCAUCCCGGUGCCUUGCACAUUGCGUUUGGCGGGCCGGGCCUCGAGCAAGACUUGUUUGUGGUCGCAGAGCUCCUCGCACCUCCAUCUCCAGGACCCGGCACACCCGCGACACCACAAGGUCCUUCAACAUCAAGAUAUAUGUCCCGAUUUCCCGCGCCAGUCACUGUUUCUACCUCCAUCGCAAUCCCACUCUCCUGUUCCUCAGUGCGCGUAAUUUCGGACAUCGACGACACGAUCAAGCUCUCAGGCAUCCUCGGCGGGGCCCGGGCGGUGUUCCAUAACGUCUUCGUGAAAGAUCUCCGAGACAGCGUUAUCCGCGGUAUGGGUGACUGGUACACGGGCAUGUGGAAGCGCGGCGUGCGAUUCCACUAUGUGUCCAAUGGCCCCUUCGAACUUCUCCCGAUCGUGAACGAGUUCCUCCAAAUUGCUCGUCUACCCCCAGGAUCGAUCCGGCUGCGCUCCUAUGGCGGCCGCUCGCUCUUCAACGGCCUCCUCUCCGCACCCGCGAUGCGCAAGCGCACGGGCGUGCUCGACGUGCUGAACCACUUCCCUGAGGCGCACUUCAUCCUCGUCGGCGACUCCGGCGAACAGGACCUCGAGCUCUACGCCGAGCUCGCACGCGAGCGCCCGGACCAGAUCGUCGGCAUCUUCAUUCGCGACGCCGGCGUGCGUGGCGGGGACAUCCUCCCGCUUGAAGACCCAAUAGGCGCUGAUGCGUACCGCGGCGGCAUGGACGCGGCGUUCGGGCUGCCGGGGAGCGCGCCUGCUGGAGGAGGGAUGCGCGGCGCCGGUAGGCGUAUCGUUGGGCGGUACGGCCCAUCACGCUCGAUGUCUGACGCAAUUCCCGGGGCGAGCACACCCAUGCCGUCAAGACCGUCGGGCAGGGCGCGCUCGGGCAGCGAUGUGGGCACACCGUCGGGCGGGCCGUCGCCAACAACCGACUACUUCAGCUCGGCGCCGCGGACCCACUCGCCGAUUACUGAGGAGCCUAGCGGGACGCCGCCGAUGGGCUUCCAGGAUGCGAAGGAGGACGCGACCCCUAGCUCGUUCCCUCCGUCUGGGUUCGCGCGACCGCAGGGUACGGUCGAAUGGACGGACGCUACUGCACGAUGGCAGCCGCAGCUGCCGCCGCCGCGCCAGCAGUCGUCGCAGUCGUCACAGAGCUCGGUGUCGGACGCGGAGAAGAAGCGGUGGGAGCUGCAGGCGCGGCUGUGGCGGGCGCGCGUGGAGGUGCAGCCGAGCAUCCCUAUACGCAUCUUUAGGGAGCCGGAGGAGUGUGUGGAGGUGGACGGGAUCUUGGAUAGACUGCAGGUGCCGAAGUAGGUGCGCGGACGCGGACGACUAUACUUGGUUUGUAGCUCACUGGGACCCUGAGUGGACAUUGUGUAUCAUGUACAUCGUAUGAUAGGAUUCCGUAGGACCUAAUACAUUCGUAUCUC